CUGUAGUUUUCCCCGGAUCCUGUCCUGACGAGGUGCACGACUUCCGCGGCCGCCGCAUCAUGUGAGCUGCGGCCAACAAUCCAGGAAGUUGUCAGACGAGCUUUGAAGCACAAGCACGGCGCUUUGGAACGGACCUGUUUCUCGCGUCGCUCCCGUCAUGGAGGAGCGCUCCUGGUCCGCACUCGCUCUCGUCUUAACUUUGUCGCUGGACGGCUGUGUUUGCUCCACUUAUACGCUGAGUGACGCCGCGGGACUGGGGCGAGAAUUCGAUGGAAUCGGAGGCUUGAGUGGUGGCGGGGCUACGUCUCGCCUGCUUGUGAAUUAUGCUGAACCGUACCGCAGUCAGAUCUUGGACUUUCUCUUUAAGCCAAACUUUGGUGCCAGUUUACACAUUCUGAAGGUGGAAAUUGGUGGUGAUGCUCAGACGACAGAUGGAACCGAGCCGUCACACAUGCACUAUGAAAACGAUGAGAACUAUUUCCGGGGCUAUGAGUGGUGGCUGAUGAAGGAGGCCAAGAAGAGGAACCCAAACAUCACUCUCGUGGGUUUGCCCUGGGCUUUCCCUGGAUGGGUGGGACAUGGGAAGAACUGGCCCUACGACACCCCUGACAUCACUGCGGCCUAUGUGGUGAGGUGGAUCCAAGGAGCCAAGCAGUGGCACGAUCUGGACAUCGACUAUGUUGGAAUUUGGAACGAGCGGAACUUUGACAUCAACUACAUCAAGUUACUGCGCUACACUCUGGACAAGAGCGGCCUGGAGAGAGUCAGGAUCGUAGCCAGCGACAACCUGUGGGAGCCCAUAGCCCUGUCGCUGGUGCUGGACGCUGAGCUCAGCGCGGCUGUAGAUGUUAUUGGGGCUCACUACCCGGGUACCACCACAGUUCCCGACGCCUUGAAAAGUCAGAAGAAGCUGUGGUCCUCAGAAGACUAUAGCACCUACAACGAUGAGCAGGGAGGAGGCUGCUGGGCUCGGAUUCUCAACCAGAACUAUGUGAAUGGACAGAUGACUGCAACCAUUGCCUGGAACCUGGUGGCCAGCUACUACAAAGACCUGCCGUUUGGCCGAGAUGGACUCAUGACUGCCGAGGAGCCCUGGAGCGGCCACUAUGUGGUGAACUCUCCCAUUUGGAUCACGGCUCACACCACGCAGUUCACCAAGCCUGGCUGGUUCUACCUGCAGACGGUGGGACAUUUGGACCAUGGUGGAAGUUAUGUAGCGAUGACGGAUGGAGCUGGAAAUCUAACGGUUGUCAUAGAAACCAUGACUCGUGACCACUCGGUGUGCAUCAGACCACCUCUUCCUCCCUUUGAUGUGACACCACAAAACGCCACGUUCCAGCUGAAGGGGUCGUUUGCCUCCAUCAGGGAGCUGCACCUUUGGCGGUCGCGCUUCAACUUCAAGACCAAGCAGCCAACUCUGUUUGAGGAGCUCCGUCCUCUGAAGGUUUCAGGCGGAUCCUUCACUCUAAAUCUCUGUGAGGACGAGGUGUACACGGUGACAACGGUUCCCUCGGGCAGGAAAGGCGCUCACCCGGAGCCUCCUGCUUCCUCCCCCUUCCCCAAGCUCUACAAGGAUGACUUUAACAACAGAAACCCCCCUUUCUCCGAGGCGCCCAACUUUGCAGACCAGACUGGAGUGUUUGAGUACUUUGUGAACCUGAGCGCCAGCGGCUCUCACGUCUCCACCCUGCGGCAGGUGCUGACGCAGAGGCCGGUGACCUGGGUCGCAGACGCCGACCAAACCAUCAGCGUGAUCGGAGACUACCAGUGGCAGAACGUGACCGUCGCGUGCGACGUUUUCAUGGAGACCGUCGGGAAAGGCGGCGUGUUCGUCGCAGCCCGGGUGGAUAAAGGAGGGCAGCUGGUCCGCAGCGCGAAGGGCGUCUUCUUCUGGAUUUUUUCAGAUGGAACAUUCAAAGUGACAAACGACCUCGCUGGUCUGACGGUGUUGGCCGAGGGAGAGUCCGGUACCAGAGCAAACACCUGGUACACCAUGUCUCUCACUGUCGAUGGCAACUAUGCGUCCGGACAGCUGAAUGGAUACACGCUGUGGAAAAACGCCGUGGUCCUGGGACCUCAGAACGGCUGGGCUGCGAUCGGAACUCGCUCAUUCGAGCUGGCACAGUUCGACAGCUUCUCUGUGGCAGCGUAGACGGCCAGGAGCUCGAUGCGCUGCUCAGACGGGAACCUAACAAGCUUCAGAGACUUUUAGAUUUCAUGUCUUUUUCACUUGUUUUACUCCUAUUUGAUGAAUAUCGUUUUUUUAAUGAUUCAACAGUCGACUACUUCAUGAUGCUUCACUAAACCGCGGGGAAGACUCUCGGAUAAAUCAAUAUUUCUUUCUUCCACA